AUGAGUAAGGAAACCGGAAAGAAGGUUACGCUGAAGGAACGCAUGGUAAGCGCCUCUGCUGGCUCGCUGGUCACGUCACUGUUUCUCACGCCACUGGACGUGGUCCGCGUGCGGCUUCAACAGCAAGAAAUGCUUCCAAGUUGUACAUGUACAGGACAGCUGUCGAAACCGGCAGGGAAAGUGUUUUGGCAGGAUGAGUGCUUUGCAAACGUCGGCUGCCGAGAGCCUGCUGCGAGGCUGCAGGGAACUCUGGAGGGGCUCAGGAAGAUAGCCCAACUAGAGGGUCUGCCGACUCUGUGGCGAGGGCUGGGGAUUACGCUCGUAAUGGCGGUGCCGGCUAACGUGGUGUACUUUUCCGGCUAUGAAGCACUGCGUGAUAACUCGCCCUUGGCAUCCCGGCUACCUGUGGCAAACCCACUAGUGUGUGGAGCAUUUGCGCGGAUAUUGGCUGCAACUACUAUUGCGCCGCUGGAGCUAUUGCGCACACGGCUCCAGAGUGUGCCCCGCGCAAGAGACACAGAGCGUACAAUAUAUCUGAUAGGCGACCUGCUGCGAGAGAUGCGGCAUGAGGUUUCGGUUAUGGGUUACCGUGCGCUAUUUAAAGGCUUGGAGAUCACUUUAUGGAGGGACGUGCCCUUCAGCGCAAUCUAUUGGGGAACAUACGAGUUCUGUAAAACCCAGUUCUGGGCCCGCCAUGCCGCAACCCAUAAUGCAUCAAACUGGGACCAUUUCAUCGGCAGUUUUGCCUGCGGUAGCAUGGGCGGUGCUGUUGCAGCACUUUUGACACAUCCUUUUGAUGUGGGCAAGACCCGCAUGCAGAUUGCGAUUGCCAGUCCACAGCAGCUAACUGUGGGGGGAAAAGCUACGAAAACUGAUGACUCAAGAGGCAUGUUCUCAUUUUUGAAUGCCAUUAGGAAAUCAGAAGGUAUUAGAGCGCUAUAUACCGGCCUAUUACCUAGGGUGAUGAAGAUUGCACCAAGUUGCGCCAUAAUGAUCUCGACUUAUGAACUGUCGAAGAAGUUCUUCACUAGUUGA